CCCAAUUAUGGGCAUUGACCCACUCAAAACCGGAUCUUGAAUUGGAUUAUGACCCGAAGAAUGGCGGUGGAACUAUGGAAGUCGAAAAGAGGAAACACCGAUGAAUCGGCCCACAGGACAAGACAGGACGGACCCUAAAUUCGGGGUAGCUGUACGGUACCAGCCCUUCAACUGGGCUUCUUCCCUAAUCCUUCUCCGCCAUUGCUAAUCCACCGCGAAUCAAGGCUGCUCUAAACAACUCCCUAGAUCCCGCAGAAGUCGCGCUACUGUAUGCCACCAGCACUAAUCGUCCCGCCAUGAAUAGAUCCUCAAGAACCGCAGAGCCGGCAGCGUCUGCAAAUGGCGACGGGCCGGGUCGAGAAAGCCGCCAAGUAUCCCCUUCUUCACCGUCCUCUUGGACUUGACUGAAUUAAAUAAAAUUAAAGCAAUAAUAAUAAUGAUGGGAAGAGAUUAUUAAUGCCGUGUGUAAUAAUUUCUGGGUUUGAAUGGGUCCCCGGGAUGAUUUUUUUCUUCUUUAUUUUUUUAAAGGGCAGGCCAGCUAUGAUGAUGUUGUUCUGUUGAAUUGAUCUGGGUUGAUGUUGUUGCGAGCAACAGCUCAAUUUGUCCUGGUUUUCUUGGAUUCUAAUUUGUGUUUGUUUGAGGAAUUGAAGUUUGAGUAUAUGUGUUUCUUUCAUCUUCCUUUUGCAAAGGGAAAGAUUGCUUGCUGUUCGAGGGGAUCGGGUGGGAAAAUGUGGAGGGACCUCGGAACCCCUGCCGAUUCAUAUUAUCAGGUUCGCCCUGAAUGCAGCACUGAUGUUCCCGAAAGCAAGUUCAGGAUCAAGGCUGGAAAAACCUUAAGUCCCCGGAAAUGGAAGUCUUCUUUCUCACCUGAAGGUUAUCUUGAUAUUGGCAAAACACUCAGCCGGAUAUGUCGUGGUGGAAUUCACCCUUCAAUUAGAGGUGAAGUUUGGGAGUUUUUAUUGGGUUGUUUUGAUCCAAAUAGCACUUUUGAGGAACGAGAUCAAAUACGUCAGCAUCGAAGAGUGAAGUAUAGAAUGUUGAAAGAAGAGUGUCGUCAAAUGUUUUCCUUGGUUGGAAGUGGGAGAUUUGUUACGGCUCCAAUAAUUACAGACGAUGGCCAACCUAUUCAAGAUCCUAUUGUGCUCCAGCAAAUUAAUCUUGAAGAGAAUCCUGAAUCUCGUACUCAGGAAAAUGGGUUUAUCAAUGGCUCCCAUGUGGAAAAACAUCCAAAUGGUCACAGUACACUGUCCAAAAAGGAAAUCCAAUGGAAACUUACAUUACAUCAAAUAGGCCUUGAUGUAGUCCGUACAGAUAGGACAUUAGUGUUUUAUGAGAAGCAAGAAAAUUUGUCAAAACUCUGGGAUAUUCUGGCUGUCUAUGCCUUGUUUGAUUUAGAUGUGGGCUACUGCCAAGGUAUGAGUGAUCUUUGCUCACCAAUGAUUAUUGUCCUCGAGGAUGAGGCGGAUGCAUUUUGGUGCUUUGUCCACUUGAUGCGCAGAUUGCGAGGAAAUUUCAGGGGCACCGAACGCUCUGUUGGAGUGGAGGCGCAGCUUGGUAAACUAGCUUCAGUUACACAAGUGAUCGAUCCCAAACUUCAUCAGCACUUAGAAACUCUGGGAGCAGGAAAUUAUCUGUUUGCUAUUCGGAUGCUUAUGGUAAUGUUUCGCCGAGAAUUUUCUUUUGCCGAUGCAUUAUACCUUUGGGAGAUGAUGUGGGCAUUAGAAUAUGAUCCUGAGUUAUACUCCGUGUACGAGGAUAGUGAAUCCGCAGCAGCUAAUGAAAGAUCAGGAGGAGAGUCAAGAGUAAGGACCAGACCAAAACGGCAUUGUGGAAAAUUUGAAAGAGAAUACCAGAAGAAUCGAGGGAAAAAUACUGCUGCUGCACCUCUUCCCAUUUCUGUUUUCCUUGUUGCCAGUGUCCUAAAGGAGAAGAGUUCUAAGUUAACCGAAGCGCGAGGAUUAGAUGACGUUGUGCAGAUAUUGAAUGAAGUCACCGGUAACAUUGAUGCCAAAAAAGCAUGCACCGGCGCAAUGAAGCUUCACAAGAAAUAUCUGAAAAAGGCGAAAAAUACAUGAUAUGAACGAACAUCGAAAGCCAAGGAAACAGCUUGUUUUUCUUCCCGGCGACGGCUCCCAAAAAGGUGUCUACACUUGCCCUGAGGCUGAUUUUAAAGUUCAGCUUCUUUGUAUACUGUUAUUGUAUUUGUAUUUGUGUUGUUACAGGUAUCAAUUGAUACCUUGUGCUGCUUUGUAAUAUGGUUUCGAUGCACAGUGUUGAUUCUUGUUGUUGUUAUUGUACAACUAUACAUAUGAUGUACUUCUUAUUCAAAGAAAAAGAUUCUACUUUUGGUUCGAAAAUGGCAAUCUUACA